AUGGCUAGAUACUGGUGUAAGACAUGCUCUAAAUUUGUUGAUGAGAACUUGAGGGCAAGCCAUGAGGCCAGCGCAGGUCAUAGGGCUGCGAUGAACCGUUUGUUGAAAGGGUUUCGAGAACGACAACAGCAGCAAGAGAAACUUACACGACAGGCCGAGAAAGAGCUCAACAGAGCGAGAGAAAAAUCCCCGACACGAGCACAAAGCCCAGUAGCUGCACCAUUAGUGAAUGAACAUCUCCAUGAGCCAGAAAGGCCAACAUACUCGGUGCCUACAGGGGUCCGAGAAAAAAAGAUCGCCAAGUCCGAAAAAGAGCUUAAAGAGUGGGGAUUCAACGAAAAACCGAUUGACGAGGAGCUCUCCAGCGGCUCAGACACAGAACUCAAAGAGCCCAAGCCUAAACCCACGUUCAAAAGAAGGAAACCGAAGAACCAGCAUAGUUAG